ACCUUGAAAAUGAGGGCCACAAAACAGACCUUAAAAAUGAGGGCCACAAAACAGACCUUGAAAAUGAGGGCCACAAAACAGACCUUAAAAAUGAGGGCCACAAAACAGACCUUGAAAAUGAGGGCCACAAAACAGACCUUGAAAAUGAGGGCCACAAAACAGACCUUGAAAAUGAGGGCCACAAAACAGACCUUAAAAAUGAGGAGCACCAAACAGACCCGAAGAAUAAUGAGCAUAAGCCAGACCCGACGGAUGAGAAGCACAGAACAAAGCUGAUGAAUAAGGAAUACGAGGCAGACUUAAUAAAAGAGGAAUUUGAAACAGACCAGAAAAAGGAGGGAUGUGAACCAGACCUGCAGAAUGAACAGAAAAUAAACCUGGAAAAUGAGGAGCAUGGGCCAAACCCGAAGAGAAAAGAGCAUAGUGCAGAUUUUAGUCAUGAGGAGCGCGAAAGGGACCUGGAGAAUAAGGAAGGUGAAACUGGCGUGGAGAAUGAGCAGAAAACAGACCCAAAGAACGAGGAGCAGAAAGCAGAUCUGAAUAAUGAGUGUGAAACAGACCUAGAGAAUGAGGAGCGCGAAUUAUUCCCGAAGAAUGAGGAAUGCGGAGCAAACCCGAAGAAUGGGGACUUUAAAGCAGACCCAAAGAAUGAGGAAUGUGAAGCAGACCCUGAACAUGAGGAAAUUAAAGCAGACCCUGAAAAUGAGGAAAUUAAAGCAGACCCAGAGAUUGAGGAAUUUAAAGCAGACCCAGAGAUUAAAUGAGGAAUUGAAAGCAGACCCAGAGAUUGAGGAAUUGAAAGCGGACCCGGAGAUCGAGGAAUUGAAAGCAGACCCAGAGAUUGAGGAAUUGAAAGCAGACCCAGAGAUUGAGGAAUUGAAAGCAGACUCUGAAAGUGAGGAAUUGAAAGCAGACCCAGAGAUUGAGGAAUUGAAAGCAGACCCAGAGAUUGAGGAAUUGAAAGCAGACCCGGAGAUUGAGGAAUUGAAAGCAGACCCAGAGAUUGAGGAAUUGAAAGCAGACCCUGAAAAUGAGGAAUUUAAGGCAGACCCGCAGAUUGAGGAGCUCAAAGGAAACCUCGGUGACGAGAAAAACCCUACACAUUUAGGCUGGGAACCACAGGACACGAAUGACGAUCAUGAGGAGAAUGAGGAAGAGGAAAACGGCCACGUGGACGGGACCGAGUUUACGUCUAAUCGAGGAAAAAUGAGUGGGAAGUCUAAAUGUGUACUUACAGAAAAUGGCAUACUGGAAUUGUAUAGCCAAAAUUUACAGCAUUCUAUUAAUGUGCAAGUUAUCUUCGUGGCAACUAAUGACAUGAUGUCUUACCUCCGUUUAUCUGAUGGAAAACAUGUCUCUCCCGUUGUUUUACUUGUGAAGAAAGAUGGCAAACCUGGUUUCGGUGUUGGUGCUGUUCUUACUAUUCAUGAUGUUGCAAUGCAUAUAGCACCAGGGAAAUCUGAUAAAAAUGAGAAAGACAGUAACUUGGUAGAAGUUGGCUUUAACCAAGUGAUUAUCAAAAAGUAUAAUAUACUGCAAAGUCAGUCAACUGUUGGUAAAAUCCUUGGGUCUUUGGAUCAGUCUGCAACAUAUAGGGAUGCUAUCCGACAUGUCCAAGAGCCAUUAAGAAUAAAUGAUAGCAAAUUUGAAGCUUAUAUUAAAUUUGAUGCUAAAACAUGCAAGCAGCUCACGGCCGAGGGUGAAAAGGCACGAGAAAAGGGCAACUACUAUUUUAACAAAAAAGAUUUUAAUCAAGCAAUAAUCCAUUAUGAUAUAGCAAAGAAAAAGGACCCUUACGAUCAUCGGGUUUGGUCUAACUGCAGUCAGGCGCUCUUUAAAUUGGGGCAGUAUGCCUAUGCUGAGUCGGAUGCCCUCAUUGCCAUCAAGCUGAACCCUUUUCAUAUGAAGGCAUAUUAUCGAGCAGGACAAGCUGCCACAAAACAGUACAGGAAAUCCACUGCAGAAAUCUAUGCACGCUCUGGUAUUUUUGCAUGUGGCAGCAGUCCAGAACUCCUACAGUUAUUAGAAGAAAUACUUAAUCCCUCAAAAAAAGCCAAUAUAGAAAUUGCAGCAACAUCAUUAUCUUCAACCAGCACGUCCGUUACUGGCAAGUUAGAACCGGAAUCAGCCAAACAUAGUUCGAAUACUUCUUACAUGUACAAAGUGACAAAGGGAACUCAAGCUAAUAUCGUGGAGGUCACCAUACAUGACAAAUGUGACUAUCAAAAGGGAACUGGGAAAAAGACUAAACAAGAUAAGGGAUCAAAGGAAAAUCUAGUACAUAUUGCAGGAUUAGCCCAGCUGGAAGAACGUUUAAUGAAUGAAGUACAUGAAAUGUGGGAUAAAGGUGAGGAGAUGGAAAACAAUAAGCAAAAAGGCAAUAACCAUGAGAAGGAGAAAAAGGCAGAAGAAAAGCGAAGAAAUAAGGUAGAGGAGAUAACAAAACUGGAAGAGAAAGGCUGCACUAAUGAGUACUUCUUGGAGUGCUUACAUAGAGCAAGAAGAGCAUAUGAGGAGAGGAACUUCAUGAAGGCAGUGGUUUUGUUUCAACAAUGCCUUGAUGUCUAUAGUCUUGAAAAUGUACGACGAUGUUCUGCAGCUGAGCCCCAUUAUGAGCCAACGCUCCAGUUUCUGGUUGCAGCAACUGCAAUCAAAGGGGAGCCUGACCAGCCUUUGGAGGCCAUAAAAAUUAUGGAGUCGCUACUCAAGCAUUCAAGUAUCUUCCGUAAUUCUCCCGCCAUUUAUUACCUCCUCGCCCUCGGAUACAGCAAGAAGUUUAUUUAUCAGAGCCGGAAUAGAACAGACAUAACAGAUGUUUUCACGAUCAUAUCCUGUAAUCAGAGCUAUCAGUUGGUGCAGCAGUAUUCCAAGAAAUGUGGUGAAGCCAUUAAGGAGCAAAAGACGGCACCAGCUAUUAAGUGGCCUGGUUCAAAUGACCCCAUACCAGAAACUGUGGUGUCAUAUAUGAAGGUGCUACAUCUAGCCUUUAUGAAGGAGAUGGAGACCCUUCUGCCCAGACGUCCACCACAGAAGACCUCGUCACAGGAAUCGGAUAAUAAAACUAGCGCUUCAAAUAUUACGGCUGAAGAAGAUUCUGUCAUCGUAAAUAACAAGAAUAAAACUAGUAUGGCACGGUCCACCCCAGUAUCCAGGUGUCGUUUUAAGGAGUGCUUGUCAACUCAAGGUCAUGACAACGCUACUGAAGAGAUUUAUGUUACAGAUCCUGAAUUCAAAGGUUAUUUAGAAGUCAUAUGUGAAGAAAACUGCAUUAUCAGCUACCAUCCCUGCUGUUGGAAGGCUCAUAAAGAGUGUCAAGAGGACAGAGUCGGCAAAUUGUCAGACAAAGAUUUCUUAGGCACAGACUGCAUAACUCCAGAUUGUACUGGAAAGAUUUCUAGUAUUCACAUCUAUGAUGAGACUGGAAACUUAAAAAUUGAAUUAAGUAACAAGAAAGAUAAAAAGAAUGCUCAAAAUUCUGUUAAGCAAAAGAAAAAGAAGGAUAAGAAGAAGGAGAAAGCUCAAGCUAACAAAAAUGCAGACAAAAAGAAAACUAAACAUGAGAGUGUGAGUGAAGAUACAGCUAGUACGGAAAAGACACAAGCCAAAACAGAAACUGAAGCUGAAAAGACCAAAUCUGUUAAUAAUAAUGAAAUAAACAGUGAUAAAAAAAAGACCCCAGCCUGUAUGCCAAACCUUCCAAUAGACCCAGAGAGCCUGGAGAGUUCCCAGGUUAUAGUUCUAAAACCCACAACAGAGCGCGAGGAGCCAACAGAAACCAAAACUUCAAAGAAAAAUAAAAAGAAGAAAAACAAGAAAAAUAAAGCCAUCCAGCCGGAUUUGCUUGGAGAUCCUUUAGAAUGUGAACAAAGCAAUCAGAAUGAAUAUGUUGCUCGGUUGAAACUUCUGAAACAGGAGCGAGAAGCUCUAGAAAAUGAUAACGUUCCCUUACUCAAAAUCCCCCUUGCAAUACCCACUCGGGAAACACCCUCGGAGCAGGUUCUAGAAUUGUUAGAUCCAGACAAUCCCUUCUAUCUCCCUGAACAUCUGAGGGACAACCCGAAGGCUCUAGAAUCAGUUUUACAAAAUAAGAUGUCUGCUGGCUCUUCAGUGUCAAGUAUUGUAUCAGGCAUUCGUCCAGAGAGCAUCACUGUCCUUUUAGACUUCAUGUAUGAUUGGCUGAAGUCGGAGGGACCCAUGUCCAUCACUGAUGCUCGAAUAAGACAGUGUGUUGAGGAAAACUUCCCCCCUGAAGCCAAUACACAUGUUGUACAGUGUGGAGGGAUCAAGCAGUUUCUCUUGCAGUCUAUUAACUUUGCCAUGAUAGAUGAGGUAAUAUGUGUUAGAGACCACGUUGUAAGAGCUCAGGAAAUGAUGCGGAAAUCCGUGGUGGAACGGAUGAAUACGUCACGGUACCUGAUAAGUGAUGGUCGCAGAGCCAAGAAAUUUACACACCUCUUGGAUGACACAAAGAGCAGCUGUUCUUCGUCUUCUUCUGCAUCCCACAUGGCAGGCUCAGGUGUCUCUUAUGCCUCAACGGGACUCUCAGGUACAACAACUUCCUCAGUGAAGCUGGUCAAUGGGGAAAUGAACAAUAACAGCAAGGAAUCCAGGAAGAAUGUGCCAAGCAACUUCACAAGUGGCCUUGAUGAAUUUGACACUUCUGAUAUGCCUGCAGUGCGACCAAAACUUAAUCCCACUGCCCCAGAGUUCGAACCUCGAUCAAAUGAUGAAGAGGAAGAGGACUUCAACAAUGAAUUAUGCUCAGACGAUGAAGAAGAAAAUGGCAAAUCUUCUAGCAAGGGCUUAAGGACUCCCAAACACUCAGAGUGUGAAUCAAAUCAGGAUCCUGGAAUUACAACACAGGAUGGAGAUGAGCUGUUCCAGUCAGAUGAGGAUGAGGAAUAUGCGGACGAUGAGGAAGAACAGUAUACUGAGAGUCUAGAGAACCAACUCAAACAGAAGCAAGAGCAGAUACAGACGCUGAAUGACCGGCUGUACCAGAUGAAGACUCAGAUGGGCUUGGAAAUCACAAAGCUCAAACAACAGGUGCAAGAUAUCAAGGAAGAGAAAAGGACAAUUCAAACGGAAAAGGAGAGCUUAUCAGCCCAACGUGAAAAUGAGACCAAAAAGCUGCGUUCAGAAUUGUCCCGCUUGCAAGAGGAGAUGAAGGCAACUCAAACCCGCAGUCAGUCCCUAGAAAACAAGUGUGAGAGAUCAAAUGACCGUGCCAACGAGUUUGAGGCUAAACUAAUGGAGGAACAGGAAGUGACAGCACAGCUGCGGGAAGAAAUUAGGAACCUCCAGGAGUCCCUAACCAGCAGUUCACGGCGAGCACAUGAAGCAGAGGUGAAGUACCUUUGCACCAAGAAGGACCUGGUGGAGGCACAUCUCACAAGGACAAUUAACCGCUUGACUGAGGAAGCGAGUCUAAUGCGUCUCCUGCACCAGACGGCAUCUGAUGAAACAAAGCCAGACCGAGCCACGCUCUCUCGAUCUAUUGUGGCAUGGGAUGACAGUAUUAAGAGCUUGCGGGACCGGAAACGCAUCUUCCUG